UCGAAUAUUUGGUAGGGACUCUUCGACUCUUCGUGGACUUCAAACGUUGUACCUGAAAUACCAGAAAAACCGGGAGGAGACUUCAGAAGCCUCGCCCUCCUCUUUUGCUGCAAAAGCUUGGGUUUUCUCUCUUUCUCUGACGAUUAUCCGAUGCUGAAUUGCUCUUACCAACUCCAGAUCGUCUUGUCCUAAUCUCUUUAUACGGGUUCGGCGAAUCGACGGCAUCAAUUUCGAACUUUAAUCCGCAGUGAAUACUUUCGGAGCUGUUCAUUUUCAUUCGACUUUUUUGGGUUUUCCCUUCUUUCGAAUGAUUCACCCUGCAAAACUCGGGAUCCUAAUGCCGGGUUCUUGAUUCGGCGACUUCAAGACUCGGAAGUCUCGGUUUUGGGGAUCAAGAACCUUGUACGAGCCUUAAAUUCGUUCAUUGGCUGUAGAAAAAUGCAGCCCAGUUCCCGAACCCUAGCACCCAUCAUAGUUCUUUUGCCAACCCUUAAACCCCCUCGCAAAACCCUACUUUUCCACCAAAUCUGUGUCUUGAUCCUCACAUUCUUGGCCUAUGCCUCAUUCCAUGCCUCUAGAAAGCCCCUGAGCAUUGUCAAGAGCUUUCUUGGGCCCAACGUUCAAUCCAAUUUCACUGAAUCUCGAUCUAGUUUGACCCGAGGUUCAUUAGAUUCGAAUGUAACGGAUUCCGGUUGGGAACCAUUCAAUGGUCCUCAGGGCACCCAUCGGCUUGGUGAGCUCGAUCUUGCGUUCCUUGGAUCUUAUGCUGUUGGCAUGUAUUUUGCGGGUCACAUCGGUGAUCGAAUCGAUUUGAGGUUGUUUCUUGUGUUUGGAAUGAUGGGUAGUGGUUUUUUGACUAUUGUUUUUGGUCUAGGCUAUUGGUUAGAUGUGCAUAAAUUAGGGUACUUUGUGGGGGUGCAGAUUGCUUGUGGGUUGUUUCAGUCUAUUGGAUGGCCUUGUGUGGUGGCAGUUGUGGGGAAUUGGUUUGGAAAAGCUGAGAGAGGGUUGAUUAUGGGUGUAUGGAAUUCUCAUACAUCUGUAGGUAACAUUAUUGGAUCGGUGGUGGCAUCUGGCGUGUUGGAGUAUGGUUGGGGUUGGUCUUUUGUAUUGCCUGGGAUUUUGGUUAUUUUGAUUGGUGUCUUAAUUUUCCUAUCUCUGGUUGUGGCACCUGAGGAUCUUGGAUUUGAGACACCAGGGAAGGAGUUUGAGAUGACUGUGGGAGCGGCGGAUGUUGAAACUUCAGAGAAACUGGAAUCUGAAGAAGCGGGUUUGCUUCAGACGAGUAAUGUGAAGGAUGCUGGGUCUUCAGAUGCAAUAGGCUUCUUGGAGGCGUGGAGAUUGCCUGGUGUGGCAUCAUUUGCAUUGUGCCUCUUCUUCUCCAAGCUGGUUGCUUAUACGUUUCUGUAUUGGUUGCCCUUUUAUAUAAGGCACACAGCUGUUGCUGGCGUGCAUUUGUCACACAAAACUGCGGGCAUACUUUCAUCAGUAUUUGACAUUGGAGGAGUUCUGGGUGGAAUUCUAGCGGGAUUUGUUUCUGAUAAAAUUGAAGCUCGAGCUGUUACUUCAAUUGGAUUCUUGUUCCUAUCAAUGCCUGCCCUUGUUUUAUACCGAACAUAUGGAAGCAUAUCUAUGUUGGCUAACGUGAGCUUGAUGUUUGUUUCUGGUAUGCUUGUUAAUGGGCCUUACUCAUUGAUUACGACGGCUGUCGCUGCUGAUCUUGGUACACAGAGCAUGGUUAAAGGAAAUUCCCGGGCAUUAGCUACUGUCACCGCAAUUAUAGAUGGUACAGGUUGUGGGGCGGCUCUUGGCCCCCUUUUGGCAGGGUAUAUUUCUACUAGAGGAUGGAACAGUGUAUUUUUUAUGCUUAUUAUUUCUAUUUCGUUUGCAGCAGUGUUCUUGAUACGCCUUGCUAGAACUGAAAUUAAAGAGAAGUUGAGUGAGAGGAAAUGGUUUGCAUACGGCAUAGCAGCACAAUAGCUUGUGGUUUUAUUUGGUCUUACUCCUGUAUGUAGAUUUUGUAUAAAAAACAGAGGGUUGAUGGAGAAUCAUCACACGAUAGUCAAUACUUGUAAUUUUGU